UUUAAAACACUUUUCGAUACAAUUAUUAUGGUGAAGAUGAAUAUCAUAAGCUUCUUAUCUCUUUUUCUUUCUCUCAUUCUUUCUAUUGCUACAACAUCCUCAAACUCAGGUUUGUCAUCAAGUUACUAUGACCGAGUGUGCCCUGAAGCUCUCCCGACCAUCAAACGUGUGGUGGAGGAUGCAUUGGCACAAGAACGCCGCAUGGGCGCUUCUCUAUUGCGUCUUCAUUUUCAUGAUUGUUUUGUUAACGGAUGUGAUGCUUCCAUACUUUUGGAUCAAACGUCAACAAUAGAUAGUGAGAAAAAUGCAGGUCCUAAUGCAAAUUCAGCCCGGGGAUUCGAGGUUAUUGACAAAAUCAAAGAUGAGGUCGACAAAGUUUGUGGUCGCCAUGUGGUUUCUUGUGCUGAUAUAUUAACUGUUGCUGCACGUGAUUCGGUCGUUGGGCUUGGUGGCCCAUCAUGGAAAGCCAAACUUGGAAGAAGAGACUCAACCACCGCUAGCCAAACCGCAGCUAAUGCCAACAUCCCAGCACCAUCCAUGGACUUACCGGCCCUAAUAAAAAACUUCGAGGAUCAAGGGCUAGAUGAGGAGGACUUGGUUGUACUUUCAGGUGCCCACACCUUAGGGUUUGCUCAGUGUCGAACCUUUAGGCCUCGUAUUUACAGUGAUAGCAACAUAGAUCCAGCCUUUGCGAGCCACCUUCGAACCAUUUGCCCACAAGUUGGCGGUGACUCAACGCUUGCACCACUUGACCCGACACCAAGCUCGUUUGACGUAAAAUAUUUUUCUAAUUUAGUGAGUAAAAAAGGGCUUUUGAACUCUGACCAAGCACUAUUAAGUGGUGGUGAAACUACUGAGCUUGUUUCGAAGUACAGUGGUUCCCACGAAGAGUUUUGGGAGGAUUUCGCAGAAUCUAUGAUCAAAAUGGGUGAUAUAAAGCCAUUAACAGGGAAUAGAGGUGAAAUUCGCAAUAACUGCAGAAAAGUUAAUUCGGAAUAUUAAGAGUCGGUCAAGCGGGUUAAAUCGUUUUAUGAUAAUCUUAUUAUGUUAUGCAUUUUCGGGUUUUGUUUUCUAGUUUUGUUGUCGGGAUGUUGAUUUUUUGAAAAAAAAUGUAGUGUUAUGUAUAUUUUCAAAUUAAAAUUGUUUGUAAUUUGUUUGUUUGUUAAUCAAUAAUAUUUGUUCUUUGCGUGUA